AUUAUAGGGCAUUGGGGGUUCAAUGUUUUGAUGUAGCCACGUCUAUCUACUUAAUCGGCUUGCUACGGACUGAAUAAUCACUAUUGUUUUGCAGCAAACACUCUUCAAACAAAGGGUUAAUAAUAACCUUUCAUGUUUCUUCAAGUGCUGAAAAUUUCGCGAAAUAUAAAUAGCUAUGGAGGGAAAAUACAACACCAGAAGUCCUGGUUAGUUAAGUUAUUAAGUAAGACGAGUAAAGUUUAAGGCUGUGACUGUGUCGAGUCAGUAAUUUUUUUAUUUACUCAGUAAUAAUUUAGACUGCAUCAAACUGGCCUUGCCUUGCCUUAAGUCAUUUAAGUAGGUACUUGGACUAAUUUUUCAAAAUAAAGUUGCAGGUUUAACUUUAAAAGUUAGACAGUAGACAGGGCUUGAAAUUAAAAACCCAUUUGUCAUUUGAUUCAUUCCAAAUUUAUCAUUGAAUCAUUGUGUAGGUCAGUACUAAAAACUAAAGAAGGUUUGAAGUGUUAUCAUUUUUGGGGGGAUAACUCUGUUAAUUGAGACAUGUCAUAAAAGAAAAUAUAAAGGAUCAUAAAUUAAGGGCUUCAGUGUGAAGGAAAUAGCAGAGCAAGGUAUGACAGUAUGUGGAAGCCUUAAGGCUAAGGUGGUCCAUGGGUCCAAAAAAAAUGUAUCUGUUUCUUAAUUUAAUUUUUUUUUUUACUACAUACUAUUUGUACACUAGUAGUAAGAUAAAAAAAAUACAAAAGUUUAAUUUAACAAUUUUUUGGGGACUUUUAUUGUAAAGAAAGUAUAAUUUUGUACCAACUUUUACUGUUACACAAAAGUUAUUAUUAGAUACUUCGAUAAAACAAGGGAGACUACUACUUUUUUUGUAUCGGAAAUGGGCGUCGGCGCCGAAAAAUCCGAGUUUUUAAUUUUCCGAUGUGUGUGUCUAUUUAUUAUUAAAUUAGUUCUUUGGACAUAUAUUUGAGUUCCGUUUCCGGCCUUAUAAUUUGGAAGACAUCUUGGCCUACAUUUCCAUCCAACUAUUUUGCUUUUUUCAAUCGAACUUCAUUUUGAAAAUCUUUGGUAUAUAUAAGGCAUCUUCGAAUACAAAAUUUUUUGUGAAAUAAAAGGAACAUGUCUUUCAUAUUAAAUCGUGUAAGGCAUCAGAUAUUGAUAUAUAUCUGUGCCAAUUCUCAUUGAUGUAGGUCGUGUCCCACGUUCGCUACGCUUCUCCCAGUGACCCAUAUCACCAUAAGGGGGCUCCGCCUUAUUUCGACAUGGCGUGGGCCACGCCCCCUUUUUAAUGGCGGAAGUUGCCGAUACUUAGGAAAUAUUUAAUUAUUACCACUAUAUACAUCAAAAUAUUUUAUAUUUUGUGUUUCAGAAUGCAUUUUGAAGACAUUUAAACUGGAAAUGUUUUAAUUUGAGCUUUAAAAACCCUGCAGAGUCCAUAAUAUAAAUGAUCAGAAUUUUCCCUGUGCAACACGUUGUCAUUGGCAACCAUUCACAGCCACUUGCAUAACGGCUACGUCGUAGUACUAUCUCAGAGUUUCAUUCAUAAGAGUUUGCCGUGUGCAAAAGCUAUUAAACCAUUGGUCAGGGAAAGCUUUUAUUAAUUAUUCAUGUGCCAAAGUUGAAAGUUUAAAAUAAGUCGACCCUAAACAGUAUUUUAGUGAUAAGGGAAUGCGUUGCCUUAUAUAAACUAUAUAGUCAUUGCGCAUGACGCGAUCAGUGGAAUGAGGUCACAGAAUGUGGAGAUGCAGUCCAUGUUAAAAAAUGACAAACCAAGUCGUACUUUAAAAAUUCAUAACUUUAAAACUACAACAGCUAAAAAUAUGAUUUUGGUGUUAUAAUUCUGUUUAAAAUUAGCUCUAUUCAACUGUGCCAUUGGUUUAUUUUUAAAAAAUGUUUACAUUUUUGACCAAAGUAUCUAUUAUUAUUGAAGAUAAGAGGUUUUACAAUACCGCAAUGAAACUUUGCACACUGAUAAAUAAUAACAUUGUUAAAACAAUAAUACAGGCUCAUUGCAUUAAAAUGAUAGGAAAAGCUGUAAAUGACAUGUAUGCGGGGUCACUUAAAAAUUUGGCAAAAUUUUGGGGGUAGCGUAAGUAAAAAAAAUCAUUUUAAAAAAUCUAUUGAAUAGAUAUAAAUAAGUAUGUAUGUUCAAGUAGAGAAUAUCAAUGGAAAGAAGCAUGCAAAGUUUGAAGUCUGUAGAUAUAAUACUUUUCCUUCUGAUUCUGAUACAUUUGACAUUCCUCAAAAAUGUUAAAAACGCAAAGUGGAGAAAAACAAAAAAAGAAGUUUUAAAAUGUUGUUUUAAAAAAUUACAUGCUUUAAGAACAAUAUAGAAUGCAUAAUCCAUGAACAUAUACCAAUCAUGAAUGAAAAAACAAUAUAAAAAUUUAGAUAGAACAGAUAGUAAAUAAAUUAGCUUAUUUUUUCAAACAUCAUCUCCCCCCACUAAUAAAAUUUUUAUAAUAAAUAAAAAAUUCUGAAAUUUUCUCUAUGCUACAUAUGUUAAAAAGACAUCUAUUAUUAUGUAAACAAUAUCAAUAGAAAUUAGUGUGCAAUAUUUGAAGUAUGUGGCUACAACACUGAGGAAUCUGACGUCAGAAAAGAAAUGAAAGGUUGAGAAAAAUGAAAAUGAUGAUUAUUGAUCAUUUUAAAAAAUUACAUGCUUUACGAACAAUACAGAAUGCAUAAUACAUGCACAUAUGCCAAUCAUAUACUAUAUAAAAAAUUUAAAAAAAUUUCAGCAAAGACUAAGUGUUUGCCAUUAAUUAUUGCUAGAGUUCAAGAAAAUAUAAAAGGUUUAAAAAGGGACUAAAAUAUAAAAACUUGGCAGAGACUUUUUGAGAGAGCUGCCACUCCUUGGUCAUAGGCUUUCUAUUAAUUUCAAUUUUUAAUAAACAAUGGCAUACAGUUAACACAGGGAGGAAAUUUAGUCAUCAUACCCAUGACAUCUGGCCACUGUUUUGACUUUGAAAAUUUAAUUAACUUAUUGGGGAGGGGGAAAUUUACUUGCCAAUUCUUGUAGAUAAUUGGAUGCUUUGAACAGUGUAGAAAUGACAGUUAACCUUUUUUUCACCCCAAACCAUAAGCAAUGUUUUUUUACAUUUUCAAAUGCACAAAAAGUUGAACGAGGUGCCAUGAUUAGUCAUUAGCAGAAAAAUGAUUGAUGCAAGUAACUACCUUAAGACUUAGUCCUACUCUUACUCCUCUUAGUCUUCCUCUUAGUUGUUUUAGUCAAAGAUUUGGACAUGACCUUGCCACCCCCUCUCCCUUUUUUUUUCUCUCAAAAGCCACAGUGCAUACUGAUGAUACUGCAUACAAAAUACAUUUCAAACAUAGGCCAUACAAAAUGUUUAGUAUAAAUGCCAUCACUUCAUACAAUAGUUGAGUGCUACAGAAGAUUCUAAAAGGCGGAAGGUUCUCAAGUUUAGGAAUGCUAAAAACUAAACAGUGUAAAUUUCAAAUAGGCCUAUGCUACAGGUUCCAUAUUUAUAUACUAAAAUAUGCUAUUUUAUAUGACAUAAUGCCUCACUCAAGCUGGUAUGGAAUUAAAUGCUGAAAACAAUGCCAUGUUCUUAUCUUAACUAGAGCUUUUUAAUGAUGACAAACCAUAAGACUUAUGGUUUGCCAGACUUAAAAAGCUCUUCUUUCUCUUUAUUGAAAUAUUAGUUUAAGAACGCCCACCUGUAGGCAGUUAGGCUUUAUUUUGUUUUCAUUUUAGUAGCAUAUACACAGACAUUAUACUUUUUGAUUUCAUUUUCCUUUGUGUUCCUAACCAGUGUGCCUGCUGGAUGUAUCAUUUUUUUUAAAAUGCGGUCAGAGUUAGAGAAUGUUUAGACCCCACCUCAACCCUCUUGAUCUCAAUAAGUGACCUCCUAUUUAAAUUUCUAAACUCUUAACCUUCACCCCCAACUAAUCAUUAUAAGAUAUUCUAUUGGUAAAUAAUCUUUAAGCUUUUUUAUUUUUUAAAAUUAUUCCAUGUGUAAAAUAUUUUUUAAACAGAUGAAAAUCCAUUUGAAUUAUGUUUUAAAAGGAUUUAGUUGCAACUAUUUUGUGAUUAAAUGCAUGCUUUAAAAAUCACAAGGCUUAGUAAUUAAUUUUUUAAAAAUAUUUUUUCAGCUGUAAAACGAUUAAUGAAGGAAGCCCAAGAGCUGAGUGAACCAACUGAUCAGUAUUAUGCUCAACCACUUGAUGUAAUAUACUUUCGAGUCCAAUUGAUAUUUUAAAUUAAGUUAAGCUUUAAGUUUGUCUUUAUUAAAUGGGAUUACUGGAUUGAAAUUUUGUGUGUGUGCAUAAUGACAUAUCAAUUGCAACUUAAAUUUCCGGUGGGAACAUUGAAGAUCAUGCAGUUGAUUAAUCUCAAAAAUGUAGAAAUUAAAUGAAAAGUUAUCCUCUGAGUUGUCAUAAUAUACUCAUCUCAAUGUUGUCGCUAACACUUUAAAUCUUGAAUUAUCUCUGUUAAAUAGGGAACAUUGAGAAAAAAUUUUUACUAUGAACUUUAUAUAUUUGUACACUUUAUAUUUAUAUAAUUUAAUAUCAAUAUGUUUGAAAUAAUCAUAGAGCACUUAAAUUUCAAAACUUUAAAAGCAUACUGAUUAAAUAUGAGGUACUCCCUGUCACUAACAAAUUAUGUAAACUACUUUGCUCCUUCAACCAUUUAGUGGCUUUAAACAAUUUUUAAGGAAAUAGCCAUUGAUAUUUAAAUUUAGUUUUUAAAUUUUCUUUAUUUUAUUUUGGUCCCUUAAAUACAACUUUCUGUAAUUACCUGGCUCAAAUAUAAUUAUUUCUGUUAUUUUAUGUUCAUAUACAUCAGGACAAUUUGUUUGAGUGGCAUUUUACCGUACGUGGGCCAUCAGAUUCAGACUUUCAGAAUGGCAUCUAUCAUGGCCGCAUAAUAUUACCAGUGGACUAUCCCAUGAAGCCCCCAAGCAUCAUAUGGCUAACUGUAAGUAGAGUUUGUAACUGUACUGGUUUUAUGUAAGGUGUUAUUUUUUAAAGUGUAAUUUUAUAUAAAGAACUUUAAAUAGUGUUGGUCACCAGCUUUGUCAUCUCUAGGAUAUGUUAAAAUAAUUAACUAAAUUAUAAUUACGCCUCCACCCCCAAAAAUAAUGUUUGAAUUGUUAAUAAAACGUUAAAAAAUUUUUUAUAGCUUGAAUUAUGAAAGUGUAAAGAGCAACUGAUACAUAAUAUUAAUAUACAAUAACAGAACAAAAAGAUUUGGGACCAGAGAACAUUUGUUGAUUUAUUUCAUUAUUAUGGUCAGUAACUUGUUGAUAAAGCAAAUAAACAUCUUAUCAGUUUAGUUAAAUCUAUUUUACUCCUACAGCCUAAUGGUCGGUUUGAAACUAACAAGAAAAUUUGUUUAAGCAUCUCUGGACAUCAUCCCGAGUCUUGGCAACCUUCCUGGUCUAGUAAGAUUUAAUUUCACUUUUUUUUUUUUUUUAAAUCAAGUUUUGUGUCAUUUAAGGUCUUUUUCUUUUUCUAUCUAAGCUACCCUGUUUUAAUUUAUUUGAUAACUUUUAAUUUCAAUAUGCUAUGGUUUUAAAAAUUAAUCUUUAAAAUUCAUUACAGUACGAACAGCUUUACUUGCUAUCAUAGGCUUUAUGCCGACACACCCAGGUGGUGCUAUAGGAUCUCUUGACUACAAGCCAGAAGAAAGAAAAGUUCUUGCUAAGAAGUAGGUUACACCACAGUCAUAUUUAUUUGUCCUGAUUAAAGGGGCAUGUCCAUCACCAAGGGCAGAAAUGGAAUGUAAGAUCCAAUCAUUUACUCUUUUUUUUUUAAAGCUCAAAACAGGUAUUUUCUAUGACAUUUCCUUGUAAAGUUUCAGACAGUAUGAUUAUAAUAAUACAAGGACUCAGCAAAGCUUGUUAAUUAUUUAAGUACCCACUUGAAAAUGAAACCCACAUUAUCAGCUGCAGUUGAUGUGGAAGAUGUGUUGUAAAUAUAUCUCCUUUGUUAGGAGACACCAGAAUGCAAAUAAUACAGUUUUUAAUAAAAGACACCACUGCACUAAUAUUUAAGAGAAUCGUUUUGACUUUUAGGAGCAAAGAGUGGAAAUGUCCAUCGUGUGGAGAUGUAAGCAACAUUUUGUUGGAAGUCAGCAAUGAGUCAAGUGAAACAUCUAAAGAGGCCAAAGAGCUUGCUGCACAAAUUAACUUUCAGGUAUGCAGUGAAUUUCAUGUUUUGAUCAUAACUUUAAAAAAACUAUAGUGAUAGUUACAAAACACGACUGAGAAAUAAUAGUGGGGCAUUGCUGUCAAGAGACCAGCAAAUAUUCCUUGUAAUAAAUUAAUAGGAUUAAAGGAGACUAUUAUGUUAUAUAAGAUCUUGAACCAUUUUCUUUCAAAUGUACAUAUGUAUAGUGUUUUAAACCUACAUACAAUUUUAUAAAAAUCACUACAUCCUAGGGCUACUGCUUUGAGGUCAAAUAUUUAAACACUAUUGUGUUAUUGAAAUCUUAGAUACUGAAGUAAAAAUAAACAGUGAUGAUGGUGUAAAUUAAACUUUAUGUAAUGUUUUGAAGGAUGAACAAAAUAUUUCUAUCAUGUUUUGCUAUUGGGCACUGCAGACUUAAGAGCAAGUGUUCAUGAAAGGCACUUUAAAUUAACAGUCUGUAUGUAAUGGUUAUGUUUUCAAUAUAAAUCUAAUCAAUGUUAACCAAUAGUAAUUACUUUCAUAUCUCCAAAGGCAGAGAAGUCAAAGAGUAUUGAUGGUGAAUCUCAAAACGAAAGCACCUCACAAGAUGUUAAGGCAGCUCCUGUUUCCUGUGCAGCUGCUGUUGUUUCCUGUGCAGGUGCCACACAGUGCCGAGUGCCCCCAGCUGCAGCUGUUGUAAACACAACCACUCCUGCUGCAGCCGCAGACCAGUCAAGGCCACCUGGACCGAACUUGUGUGGAAUGUACCCACCAUGGAACUUUGUACCUGGAGUUAUGCCUGGCAAUCCAUCUGGUACCCCAAUAUCAUGCUUGCCUCAGUAUUUUCCCCAGUUUCCUUGGACAGCUUCCAUUAACCCAAAUCCUGAACAACCCAACUGUCAAGCAGCUUCAAUGAUUCCACGAUUUCCCUAUCCGCCCAGUCACUAUCCUGGUGGUUAUUCUGCCCCAUUUUACCCAGCUGGCUGCUCUUUACCCGCUGGUGUUGGCAUGUUCCCUUGUCCUCCCUAUCCUGGUGUGCAGCGAUCACCCAGAAUUUCACCCAAUAAUAUCCAGUCAACACCAUUAGAAUCACAGGCCACGAGAACACUUUACACUCGCACGCCAAUGACAUGUCCUUCUAUGGUUCAAUCGUCACCAUGCAGUGUAGCGCACAUUAGACCCAUACCAAGCCCUGAUCACUGUGAGGUGUUCAAGGAACUCUUGGACAAAGUCAAACGAGUAGGUUCUAAUGAACAAACUCAGCCUCGUAGUAAUGAGCAGCCUUGUAAGGAUCCACCUAUGACUUCCUCAUGUGAACGCUACAAGGAAAAGCUUGGUGAUUCAGUAUGUGACCAUUAUUCAACAGAGAAACCUAAAGAUUCCCUUGGUAAGGAAGAACCCGCAGAAACACAUCCACUACAAGAUGAACAAAGUAAACGUGGCAGUGGGGCGUCAUCAGUAGAAGAUCAGCAAAGUCAAAUUUCCAGCAAAGCCCAAUCAACUAUUACACAACAAAGCCAACUUACCAGCAAAGCACCAUCAGCAGUUACACAGCAGAGUCAGCUUACCAGCAAGGCACCAUCACCAGUUACACAGCAGAGUCAGCUUACCAGCAAGGCACCAUCACCAGUUGCACAGCAGAGUCAGCUUACCAGCAAGGCACCAUCAGUAAAUUCCCAGCAGAGUCAACUGAGCAGUAAGGAGAAGAUUCAAGAAUUACCAAGUCAUAUUGAUAAAGCUCACAUUGAGUCUUCUGUGGCUUCUAUUCCUGAAGAAGUAUCUGAUAAUGCUAAGCAAAAUAAAUCUGUCAAUGCUGCUGCUCAAAGUUUCAUGUCAACUGACAAAGGUCUCAUAUUGCAACCUAUAAGCACAAGCGAGCAGUCUGCCAACACAGCUGCUGUAAGGCGUGGAGUUUCUGUGCAUUCUGUGACUAAUACUGCGGGCACAAUCAUGCACACUUCCGUUUCUGAAGGACAUUCUGUUGAAGCAAAGAAUAUAUCACUCUCUAAAAGUGAAACUUUGUUACAAAACUCAGAAAAUUUUGCUGAAGAUGUUCAUUCCCCUGUCACUGAGAAAAAAGACUCCAACAGUGAGCUUUCAUUGAAAAGAAAUGAAUCUUUUAAUGAACUGUCUGGCACAGAAAUGAGCCUGUCAGCUCAGCAUUGCGAUGGGGAUGACAAUAGUGAGAUGGGAGUUCCUCCUAUUGAGGUGUCUGAUACCGAACAGAGGUCCUUCUUUGAAAGCACCAGCAGUUCAAUGUCAGACAUGGAAAAGAAACUGAAGAAAGGACCCAAUAAAGGUCUCCGUCAAAGACAAUCGGCUCCAGGGCAGGUAUCAGCAAAUUUCUCUGAAGAUGCACAAAACUCUGAAGCAUCCGCCCCAGUGCCUGGAAGGCAGAGGAUCGAAGCAACAUCUGGGGACAAUCAGCUGGCACCCAGAACUAAUCGUCAUGGAAUCCGUAUAGUCAACUUGGUUAGGGGCCAGAGAGAGGGGGUCAGACAGAGACAGUCACCUUACGAUACUUCAUUCUUUUUGAUGAUGGGGAUAAGCUUUGCUGCUGCUCUGAUACUGUUAAACCGCAUCAUACAGAUGGUGGACUGGGCGAAUAUCAACACUGACCUUUCCUCUCUAUGGGAAUAACUAAGAUAAACUUAUGAUUAGUUGGCUCAUUUAUUACUGAAACUGUUAACAUUAUUUGAAGAGGGAAAUUACAUUUUUGCCAGUUGCUUUAAAAGGACAACAUUAACAUUAUUAGAAAAUUUUAAUGCUUAAAUUAGUAUUUUCUUGUUAGCUUCAUUUUAAUACCCUAGUUGACAACUCAUAUAUUGGAGAAUCUUUUCUAUGUUUGGCAUAGAGGUUUAGAGCAGUAAUGGUCAAAUGUUCCUUUAAAGCUGAAAUAUUACAUUUUUUUAAAUACAUUUUCUCUUAAUAUGAAUUCCAAAUUAAUGUAAAAUAUGUUUUGAUUUAAUAUAAAAUAUUUAUUUACCUCUGGAACUAUCUUAUAACUUUUAAAAAAUCAAUUCUUGUUUCACAAGAUAAACUUAUUUAUAUUGUAACUACAUAUAUCAAAUGGAAGAAUACCAUAAAAUCAUUAUUACCUUUUCUUGAUUAGUGUUGAUUGACAUACUUUGGAAAAGGUCCUAAGAGACCUUAUGGAGGAAAGAGUAAGCGUUAAGUCAAUAAUUUUAUUUUGGGAGAAAGGGUCUCUGCAAGAAAAUAGAUUCUACUCUGUUUGGAAGUUUUUCUUUUCCAUAGGAUUUCAUGAUAGUGAAAAUUCCCGAAUACAUGCUUGAUAUGUAUAUAACCUUAUCCUACCACUGACUUGUAGAGUUGUGCAGAUUACUUAUAGGAAUACAUUUGAAUGUGAUAAAUUAAAUAGCUGCAAUUUAAUUUACAUAAAGUAUGUGAUACUUGUUUCAGUUGUUAUAGAUAUUAUUAUAAUCAGUUGAUAUAAUAUAAUCAGCCAUGUAGCAUCACAUCAUUUACAUUGUAACUUAGUCCUUCAGCUUCUAUCUUAGAUAUUAGUAUCUUAACCAAUUUUUUUUUUUUAUAUUUUAAACUUUUUCUACAACUUCACUGUUUUAAAUAUUGAUUAUUCUUCCUUUUCUCUAUAUAUUCUAAUGUGUUUUUGACACUUGAGAAAUCUCUGUGUGAUAAACUUUUGUAAAAGUUGCUUUUGUGUAGUCAUUUUUAAUUACAGGAGAAAAAGGUUGCAAAAAUAGAAUCCUUAUGUGCUCUUGACAAUUGUUACAGAUUCUUGUUUAAACCAUGCUGUUUUCAUUAAAUCUCAACCUUGAAAACAUAACAAAAUAAAGUGUUUGAUUU